AUGGAACAAAAACCCUUGGAGCCAAGGAUGGACGACAUAGGCGAUGAUUUACAAAGCAUGUGCUUCAACUCCACCACCACAACCACUGCCAAAGACAUCCACCGUUCCACCGGUUAUGCUUUGAAACCACCACUUGGACCUCUUCCUCUACCCACCACUUCUACCCUCCCUCUACUGUCGUCAAACCUUACUCCUCCAACACUCCAUCUGAUGAACCAUGUUGGGACUCCAUCAUUCGUUUCCACUGCCUAUCCAUCUCCGAUCUUCGCUUUAUCCACAGCCUCGACUCUGGCGAUAUCGGAUCCGUCUACUUAG